AUGACAAGACUCAUCACUGCGUUGCUGCUGGUGCAGGCUAUCGCGAGGUUUGGUCGCGUGGCAGCCGCAGAGUCGACGCACGCGGCUGAUCAGCCAGUCCCUUCUGCGGUCCCAUCGGGCCUUUCUGGGCCAGAUUACACCGGACCAUCUGCCGGUUCCGACGAAUGCGACCCAGAAAUGGUGGGCUUCGAGUUGGUUACCGGGUACGUGUACACCGCGCCCACGAACAUGUUGGAGUCCAUACCUGGAACUCUGAUGCUCACCGAUUGCCUCGAGACCUGUCAGGCGAACGACUCCUGCCAAGCGGUGAACUACGAGACGGGUCUGUGCGUUCUGUUCAGCUCGAACGCCGACAGCAAUCCAGGUGCUCUUUCACAAUCCCAGUUUCCAGUAUUCACGAUCUACGCCCAGAAGAGUUGCCUGGCUGUGAAACCAUGCGAACGUGCUUGGUGCAUCGACAGGGUCCAGGGACAUCGUCUUCAGAGCCACACACGCAGAACUAUGAAUGCCUCCUCGCGUCAGCACUGCUUGGAGCUCUGUUUAGGGGAAAGGGACUUCCUGUGCCGAUCUGCAAACUACGCAAACACGACGAAACAAUGCGAACUUUCGGACAUGGAUCGCCUAACCGUCGCAGGAUCGAACGCGUUCCAAGCUGCGAAGAGCUUCGAUUAUCUCGAAAAUCAUUGCGUGGACGAGCCUGUGAAGCUUUGCGAAUUCAAAAAAUUGUCCGGUCGCAUCUUGAAGACCGUGGAUUCUGUCUAUCAAGAUGUUGGCAGCGCUGAAGAGUGCCGAGAGCUUUGCCUGAAUUCUCCAUUCCGUUGCCAUUCUUACGAUUAUGGCGAUACCGGUGACAUGGUCUGCCGUCUCAGUCAUCACUCCAGAGCCACUUUGUCUGACAUUCAGGAACCGUAUCUGGACGUGCCGGAGGGAUCGACGUACGAGCUGAGCUCUUGCUACAACGUUACGAUCGACUGUCGUGCCGGUGACAUGGUGACAAGAAUCCAAACGAGCAAAUUGUUCUACGGCAAGGUGUACGUGAAAGGAUCGCCAAAUUCAUGCGUGCAGGACGUAAAAGGCGCCCUGGAGUUUGAGCUCCGAAUGGCCUACGACGACUUGGAGUGCAACAUCAGACAACAGGGUCUUGGCCGUUACUUGAACGACGUUGUGAUCCAGCACCACGACACAAUUGUCACCAGUUCCGAUCUCGGCCUCGCCGUCACCUGUCAAUACGAUCUGACCAACAAAACGGUGUCGAACGAAGUCGAUCUCGGUGUACACGGUGACAUAACGCCUGCCCUGUCCGAGGAGGUGAUCGUCGAUUCGCCCAACGUCGCCAUGAAGAUCACCGACCGUAGUGGAAACGAAGCCAUCCCAUCAGCUGAAGUCGGUGAUCCGUUGGCACUGAAGUUCGAGAUCCUCGACCCUAACAGCCCGUACGAGAUCUUCGUACGCGAGUUGGUGGCUAUGGACGGCGUGGACUCCAGCGAGAUAGUCUUAAUUGACUCGGAUGGUUGCCCCACCGAUCAUGUCAUCAUGGGCCCGCUCUACAAGUCGGCUACCACCGGCAAGAUCUUACUAUCCCACUUCGACGCCUUCAAAUUCCCGAGCUCCGAGGUAGUGCAGUUCCGCGCACUUGUGACACCGUGUAUGCCCACUUGCGAGCCGGUACAGUGCGAUCAAGAGGAGACCACCGGCGAGUUGCGCUCUGUGAUUUCGUUCGGCAAACGUCGUCGUCGUCGUUCAACCGGCACCUCAGCCCAGAGCCGCGAGGAUCUUCUUCUGGUACAAUCGAUUCAGAUCACGGACAAGUUUGGAUUCGAGCACGAUAGCAAAGCGUCGAACGCCAGUUCAGCAACCAGGGACACCGUUUUCGUCGAGAGCGAGGACAUCUCGUCAACGAUGGGGAUGUGCAUCAACUUGGGCGAGGCAAUUGUCGCUGGGACCGUCUUUCUCGUCGCCCAGAUCGCCAUCAUAGCAGCGUGGACCUUCACCUGGCAGAGACGUCGGCAGAUGCUCAAGCAUCAAGAAGCUCUCUCGGUCUCGGUUUCCGUUCCCGGAAUGCAUUCCGUUCCGGGACGCACCGACAGCCUCUGUAAGUUGUACGACGCCGGUUAUUCAGCACGCCGUUUUUGA